AUGGUGUGUCCACCCGCCUCUGCAUUUUCAGUUGAGCUACAUCGACUCCAGUCGUCCAAAUUCUCCAUCCAGCGUUCUGCUUACCAACAGCGGAAGCACCACCGUCACCCCUGCCACCAAUACCAUCACCACCACCCCUUCUCCGCUACCCCCCAUCACCACCAACUACGUCUCUGUCACCUCUCCAACCCGCACCCCCGCAUGCGACAACAGGGAGGAGGUGGUGUCGACCGCGGUUCGACCACCUCCAGCCUCCUGCUUGCCGCUGGAGGUAGUGAACUCGCUACCUGGUGUGCCGAGGUGGUCGCCAACGUCGGUGCGACGACGACUACGGGGUCACCGUUACCGCUACCGCCAUCAUCCAGGGCCUCAUCUGUCCCGGGACUGACUGUUAGUGGUGCGACCAACACCACACUUUCCGCUGCUGUGGUGCAUCAUGCUGACAGCGCAUGUCAACGUGUCAGGCAAUUUCUUCUGGAAGCUAGAAUAGAACUGGAUGUACGUCAGCACGAACGCCGGUGCACUCGUGUUAAGAAGACCUGGUUAGACAAAGACUUCAGAACAGAUGUCUCCACUCCCGCGACUGGUGUACAGUGCGUGUGUUUAAUCCGAGCGUAUGGAGACUGGAGUGGGCCGUCGCGUGCACAUUUGCCCCCGGGGGCCUGGGGUGUUGGCGUCCCUAAAAUUGUAGACCCGAGUCAAAUUCUAAACGAUCGCCUGCUGAAACUGGAGUGGCCGUCGCACAGUCUACUAGCCAAGUGUUUACCACAGUCGGCCUGUCCCCUCUCCAGUUUGAUGGGUGCGGAGGGUAUACUGGUGCAUCGCUGGACACCGAGUAAUAUCGAUCCCUGCAAGCGCUCCUUCUGUCACCGCAACAUUGCUCUCAUCACCUUCCCUGAAGGCCCAAUCACACUGGAGGGGCAUUAUGUUGCUAUUUGGGAGGACCUGGGGCUUGAAUACAUACCACCUCUCAACGCCUAG